UUCAUAUGAUCUUAAUCUUACUUAUUUACCAGGGAGAAGGGACAGUGAUACGUCGACACUUAUAAAAAUUUGAAGAAAUGAACUAAUUGAACAUAAUCAUAUGUAUAUGUGUCGUGUCAGUCUCGGACAUUGAUACGACACUGAUAUUUGCUAGACACCAAACACACAUUUCAUCAGAAGUGUCGGUGUUACCGAGAGAUCAUAUUGAUUACUUAGGGAAGAAAACAAUUUGGAAUGGCACUGAUCUUUGUCACAAACUCAUUGUGAGAAGUAGAAUCAACAUAAUGAAAGAUUGGAGUUUCAUAAGAGGAUCAAGAGUUCUUGGGAAACAAAAAGCUAUGAGAUUGGCAUCUUAUAGAAAACCAAGUCCAGUAUAUGCUUCAUUGUUAUCUGGAUCACAAAUUGCUAGCACUGCCUUUACAAUAGGAACAACAGCAGUACUUCCAUUUUACACUCUCAUGGUUCUAGCUCCCAAUUCUGACCUAACAAAAAAAUCUAUGCAAAGUAAUGUUCCAUAUGCAAUACUUGGAAUUUUAUAUGCAUAUUUAUUGUAUCUUUCAUGGACUCCUGAGACAGUUGAACUGAUUUUUGCAAGUAAAUACUUACUACCAGAGCUAACUAGUAUAGGAAAAAUGUUCUCUAGUGAGAUGACUUUAGCUUCUGCCUGGAUUCACCUGCUUGUUAUUGAUCUCUUUGCUGCAAGGCAGGUAUUUCUAGAUGGACAAGAGAAUGAGAUUGAGACAAGGCAUUCAGUUUCUCUUUGCUUGUUCUUUUGCCCUGUUGGGAUUCUUUCUCAUGUCAUAACCAAAGCAUUGACUACAACUACCGAAGAAAACAAAUAGGAUUUUUAGAGGGUUCAUUGUUGAGCUUCUAUGGAGCCAAAUGAGAAUUUUAUUUCAAGUUUUAGAAUAUCAUAAAUUCAUGUAUGAGUGGAAAUUACUACUUACUAGUCCUAAAUGUCCUUGGAAGUUCUUUUUUACUCUAUCAAAAUGUUACAUUAUAAGUUGUUGGUUCUAUCACAAAUCUUUUGUUACUUAAAAA